AUGGCUGCUCCGCAUGUCGUCUUUCUCGCAGACGUGGGUGUAAUAUUUUUCCUCUCUGUCCCUAUUACAGGAAGCAAAACCAUUUGGCUACUAAGUGUUGGAGACAAUUUGGCAAGCUCACUUUCGCAUAGCUGGUGAUGAUUUCUUCAACUCUGGCAUCCCCCGCUCUAUCUCAUAUUCUAACUCCUACCUUCCAUGUGACCUUGACGCCUACGAAGUAUGAUUCUUUUCAUGACACCAAUGGUACUGACGCUUCUACCUCUACCAAUCUCGCCUCACUUUUGACCCCCUCCACACCAAGUACACACGCUCUCCUUGCUUCUUCUUCAAUGAUGUGUAUUAUCAAUUCGAGGGCCUCCACUCAUAUGAUCAGUAUCCUUACUAUUAUCUCCUCUUAUCAAUCUACCUCAACCCAUCUCUUUGUCACCAUUGUUGAUGGCCAAACCUAUCCGAUCAAAGGUCAUGGUACCACCUUGGCUUCUCCCUCCCUCAUUUAGGUUCUCUAUGUUCUUAGUUUUUCUACUAACUUUCUUUUCAUUAGUGUUAUUACUUAUGCGCUCUUCUAUACCAUCACAUUCAUUCCUUUUCACUAUACUUUCUAGGAUUUAUAUACAAGAUGAAAGAUUUGUUUGGGCCAUGAAAAUGGGUGGGGUGUAUAUGAACUCAUUUUUAACAAACCCUCCUUUAACUUUCAAGCCCUUUUUGUUAUCUCUACGACCACUUCUUCUUUAGUGACAUUGUCGUUUAGGCUAUUUUUGUCUCUAAAUUAUAAAAAAUCUUACAAUAGCUUUCUCUCUUUAAAUUUAUGUGCGAGUUUUUUCAGUUGAGCAAACAUCACCGCAUUUCUUAUCUUAGUCGUGAUGACAUCCCUUCUUCCACUCUCUUUGACCUUUUACAUUGCAAUAUACAAGACUUAUCUCGUACUUCCUCCAUCUCGGGUCAUUGUUAUUACAUCAUUUUUGUUGAUCACUAUACUUGUGUGAGUUGAGUCCACGUCCUCUACAACUGCUUUAAAAUCAUCACUGUGGUUAUCCAUUUCAUCACUAAAAUUAUCACUCAAUACACCACUACGUCCAAAAUUCUUCAUACUGAUAAUGCUCUUGAAUUUGUCAAAGCCUCUCUUCUCACCUUCUAUGUCAAUCGUGGCAUCUUCUAUUAGACCAUGAUAAGUCUUCAUUAUCAUGAGUCAAUAAUUAGUAAAUAAUAUAGUUUUAGCCUUAACUCAUGAUAAAUAGACUUAUAUUUGUGUUAAAGUGUGAAAAGUAGUUUUCAAUUGAUUAACAUGAUUUUUUAGGUAAUUAUGUGAUUUUAUAUAAUUUUUACAAUCUUACUUUUGAGAUAAAUGAAGGAAAAGAAAUUAAAAUAAAAAUAUAGCAAAAUGGGGGGGGACCUGCCGACCAGCCAGGCCCGCAAGCGGGUCGGAAACGGGUUGGAAGCGCAGUCAGGGAGUAGCCACGAGCAAGGGCUCGAGCGGCUCGAACCAAUGAGGGCACGUGUGCGCCACUCUCCUUCCAUGUCAUCGGUGGCCAGCCGACUGUGGGACAAAGAAUGGUCAUACACGCGCGAGAAAGGGACUUUGCUUAGAAAUGUAACGUUACUAUAUAUUCACCCGAAAAUUCGACGCACAACCGAUGUGGGACUAAACCCGUCACCUUCUUUAGAAGAGGUAGGGGGGCAACCGGUGCAGGUUCGAAUCCUCUUAGAGCCAAAACUCAUAUUUUUAUUUGAUUAUCACGACUUUCCUGUUGAUCGCCGGUGAAGGAUUAAGUAACCAAAAUCGUUGGAUCAUCAGCGAAAAUCUCGUCAAUGAGAUUCGCGGAACAUUGUUACUAAAAUUGCUGAAGGAUUUGCAAUAAAAGGAUCGCAAAUCCAUCGAGUAAAUCAUCUCCAAUUGAUUGACGAACAAGCUGUCGUCGGGAAGAGGACGAUCCGCUGAGAGACGAGUCGCCACCUCCUAAGAGCAUACCAGAUGUGAUAAAGAGCCUCCUCUUGCUACGCGGACUUGAGGAUAAAGCUCCCUGACACGCGCCCCACCUCCAUCCAACUCCUCUCCGUCGGGUGACAGCCGCCGGAGAGCCGCAAAGUCGCCGUUUUUCUGCUCCGCCGGGUGACAACCGCCAGAGAUGAUUCGACGACCCAUUUCAUUGAUCUCUAGACUUUGCAAGGAGAUCUAGAGAUUGCCCACAUCGUCCUUGUCCAAGGAGAGCCUUCGAGGCCGUGGACACUACACAACUAUCCUCCUGAACGCUCAGGAUUCCAGUGCAUUGCCGACGCAUCGCCGCCGCGACGUCGGAACUCUAUUUUCCUGCUUUCAACUUACUUUACGCUUCAUUUAGUGAUAAUUUGUGUGAUUUUAAUUUACCAAAAUAUACUUCGUUCACUUAUGAUUCUUCUGGCUUUUAUAGAUCUUAAUUUGAUCAAUUAAAUCAUCUAUAAUCGCUUACGUAAGAAUCGCUAGACAAAACUCUAUUUUUGCCCAAUUCACGUUCGCUGGGGCACUGACGUCAUCCUGACGUCCGCACCCUUAUUUCUUUUUUUUUGUGAAUUUUAAAUAUAUUUCCUUUUCAUUUCUUAGUAUAAAAUUCAUAUAAAAUAGUAUUAUUGAGAAAAAUUCUGAAUAAUUACCAGAUAUUAUAUUACAUCCAUGUGAUCGAUUUGGAAAAUUACCACUAUUUUUGGAAGUUUUAUUGAAUUAUAAUUGAUAUAUUUGUUCAGAAAUACUUCUAAAUAUCCAAAAAUUCGUAUUUUCUAAUUUUAUAAAUUUUCUAUUUACGUGAUUUAAUAUACAACGACUAAGUCACGUCAGGCCACCUACCCUCACACUUCGCAUUAGAAUGGCAUUGUUGAACAUAAAUAUCGUCAACUCCUUGAGAUCACUCGUACACUUUUUUUUGAGAUGAAUGCCACCCACUAUCUCUAGGUUGAUGCCUUUCUGACUACCACUUAUUUCCAGAAUUGACCUCCCUCUACUUUUUUUUUUGGGGUCAUUCCUCUCCAUCACUUAAUCUUUGAUUUCUCUCUUUUUCUUAUUUCCCUUCGAGUCUUUGGAUGCACCACCUUUGUCUAGAGUUCUUCUCCUUCUCUUUCUAAACUCACCCCUUGUGCUCUUAAAUAGAUUUUUGUCAACUACUUUCACAUGCAAAAGGGUUAUCGCAUCCACCUCUUGGAUACCCAUCAUUAUGUGACUUUGGCCGACGUCAUUUUUCAUGUCUCUUUUCUCCUCCCUAGUUUCGACUCCUCUUCUUCGUGUUGCUACGUUUCCUCCACUUAAGUUUCUUCCCUUGGUGGUUCUUACAAACUAUUCCUCCUCUCUUCCCUCCUGUCCACUCUUUUUGAGGUCGUUAUCCGUGUUUACCUUUUCUCAACCCAUGUCUCCUGUGACUCCUCUUGCUCUAGAUGUCGUAUCCUUCUUGAUAAGUCUUUAUUAUCAUGAGUUAAUAAUUAAUAAAUAAUAUACUUUUAACCUUAACUCAUGAUAAAUAGACUUAUAUUUGUGUUAAACUAUGAAAAGUAUUUUUUAGUUGAUUAAGGUGAUUUUUUGCUAAUUAUGUGAGUUUAUAUAAAAUUAUAUAAUUUUUAUAAUUAUAUUUUUAAGAUAAAUGAAAAAAUAAAAAAUAAAAAGAAGGGGGGGGGGGGGGGGGGGGGGGCACUGACCAGCCAUGCCCAUAAGCGAGUCAGAAACACAGUCAAGGUGGAGCCAUGAGCAAGAGCUUGAGUGGCUAUAGACCAAUGAGGACACGUAUGUGUCACUCUCCUUCCACAUCACUAGUGGCCAGUAUAGGGCGUGAGGCAAAUAAUGGUUGUACACAUGCAAGAAAGGUACUCAUUAGUUCUAAAUGUGAUAUUACUAUAUAUUCGACAUAUAACCAAUGUGAGAUCAAAUCGAUGGUCACACAUUCUCAAAAUAUUUUUAAUAAUUUUAAUACCUAAACUACCCCUUAUUUAUAACAACAAUAUAUUAUGAUGACAUCACUAUAUAAGAGUAUUUGAGUACUUAUUCAUUCUCAAGAAGGUGGGCGAUCAACAAGGGUUCGAAUCCUUCUAAGCCAAAACUUAUUUUUUUAUCUGAUUAAAUCAUAAUUUUCCUACAAAUCACAAGUGAAAGAUUAAGCUGCCAAAUCGUUUAAUCAUUGACGAAAAAUCUCGUCAACGCGAUUCGUAGAGUAUCAUUACUAAAAUUACUAAACGAUUUGUAAUAAAAAGAUCACAAAUCCAUCAAGUAAAUCAUCUUUGAUUGAUCGACGAACAAGUUGUCGUUGAAAAGAGAACGAUAUGUUAGGAGACGAGUUGUCACCUCUUGAGAGUAUAAUAGAUGCAUGAAGAGCCUCCUCUUGUUGUGCAAACUUGAGGAUGAAGCUCUCUAACACGUACCCCACCUCCAUCCAUCUCCUCUCCACCAGGUGACAACCAUUGGAGAAUCACAAAGUCGUUGUUUUUUCACUCCACUAGGUGACAACUACCAAAAAUGAUUCGACAACUCAUUUCAUUGAUAUCUAGACUUCGCAAGAUGAUAUAAAGAUUACCCACACCAUUCUUAUCUAAAAAAAGUCUUCAAGGUCGUGGACACUACACGACAAUCCUUUUGAACCCUCAGAAUUUCAAUACAUCACUGAUGUAUCACUAUUGUGACAUCAGAACUUUGUAUUUCCUACUUUCAACUUAAUUUUGACGUCAUUUAGAGAUAAUUUGUCUGAUUUAAAAUUUUCAAACUACUCUUCAUUUAAUUCUGAUUUUUUAACUUUUAUAGAUCUUAAUUUGACCGAUUAAAUCAUCUGUAACCACUUAUAUAAGAAUUGUUGAGUGAAACUCUGUUUCUACCUUAUUCACAUUCACUAGGUGAUGAUGUCAUCUUGACAUCCGCACCUUUAUUUUCUUUUUUUGUGAAUUUAAAAUAUAUUUUAUUUUUAUUUCUUAAUCUAAAAUUCAUAAAAUUUAUAUUCUUUCAUAAAUUUUCUAAAAUAUUACCCAAUAUUAUAUUACAUCCUUGUGGUCGACAUAAUUUUUUUCACUAUUUUUGAAACUUUUAUUGAAUUAUAAUUGAUAUAUUUAUUCUGAAAUACUUCUAAAUAUCUAAAAAUUAUUAUUUUCUAGUUUAUAAAUUUUAAAUUUACAUGAUUUACUAUACAACGAUUAACUCACAUCACUCCUCAUCCUCCCCUCCAAUUCCUUGUGUACCUUUGAUGUGCAUGUACCCAUCAUCUUAUCUUUAGUUUGUCUCUUAUGACCGCUUUUCUCUCUUCUUUUGUGCCUCUAUCUUUUCUGCAACCUCUAAGUCACUUCCACAAUCAUAUGUUGAGGUUGCACAAGCACCUGCAUGAAAGAUGUCCAUGGAUUUAAAGGUGACUGCAUUGGCCACAUGGGGGACUUGACAUUUGAUUCCAUACCCGACUAAUGUCAACACUGUGACGUGCAAGUGGGUGUUUACCCUCAAGUAUCACCUAAAUGCCUCCAUCACUUGUCACAAAGCUCACCUAGUCGCUCAAGACUUCACACAUACAUAUGAAAUUGACUACACUAAGACAUUCUCUCCUGUCAUCUGCCUCAACUCCAUCCGCAUAUUUCUCUCUCUCGUCAUCAAUCAGACAUAGUCUCUCUGCUAGUUAAAUACUUCUAAUGCCUUUCUCUAUGAUGAUCUCAAAGAGCAAGUUUUUAUAAAACAACCUCCUAAGUAUGUUGCUCAAGGGGAGUCAUUGAAGGUGUCUCUUACAACGUGUCAUUUAUGGGCUCAAGCAGAAUCUAUAUGCUUAGUUCACAAAAUUUAGUGAUUUACUCAUCACCUUCAGUUUUGUCUUCUACACUGCAGACCCACCAUGCUCAUGAAUAAGACAUAAGAUAACCUUAUCAUCCUUACAGUCUAUGUCGACGACAUCCAUGUGAUUGGAAGUAAUGAGGUCGACAUCUCUGAUACCAAAGCCUACUUGAAGCAGCACCUUAACAUUUAUGACUUGGGAACUCUAUGGUAUUUUCUUGUGAUUAAAUUUAUAUAUAUCAUGAUAGGAAGUUUGACUUCAGUCAAUAAAAGUAUGCCCUUGACAUACUUCAAGAGAUAGCCUCCUUGGGUGCAAGUCAGAGACUUUACCCAUGGAAGCUCACUUGUAGUUUUGAGACACUUCAUCUCCCUUACUCAAGAAUGCUAACUAGUAUCAGGGAUUGUUGGGUAAGCUGGUAUAUCUCACCAUCACUUGUCUUGACAUCAUGUACAUAGUUAGUGUCCUUUGUCAAUUUAUACAAGAGCCACGACGAGUUCAUUGGAAGGGAGCUCUACGAGUCCUCACCUACAUCAAGUGAGCCCCAAGGAGAUGAUUCAUCUAUCGGUGACAUGAUCAUCUCUGUAUUGUAACCUACUUUGAUGCCAAGUAUGUAAGAGACAAGUAUGACUAGAAGUUUAUUACGAGUUAUUGUACAUACAUCGACGGUAACUUAGUCACAUGAUGGUUUUAGAAAUAAAGGGUGGUGUCUUACUCUAGUGUGAAAUCUGAGUAUUGAGCCAUGGCUAAGACAACGCAGAAAAUGGUAUGAUUGAUCACUUCUUGACAAUCUCAGCAUUGGUUGUCCCUCUCCAAUGCCUAUGCAUUACGACAAUCAAAUUGUCAUCUUCAUCGUCAACAAUCUUAUUUUUAUGAGUGUACAAAGUACAUUGAGAUCAAUUGGCACUAUAUUCGAGAUAAGAUUAUGUCUGGACUUAUCUCUACUCUUCAUUUACCAUAUCUCAUCAGCUUGCAGAAGUCUUUACACAGAGUCUAAUAAGAUCUCCUACAACAUCACAUGUAUCAAGUUAGACAUGUUCGACUUAUAUACUUCAACUUGA